AUGGUUGGUGUAGGUGAUAGAGUUCUUGCUCCCACCGGUGGAUCCGGUAUAGCAAGGUAUAUAGGACCAACUGAAUUUGCUGAUGGUUUAUGGUGUGGUAUUGAAUUAGAUGAUAGUGUGGGGAAGAAUGAUGGUAGUGUCAAUGGGGUGCGGUAUUUUGAUUUAUCUAAAGAAGGUGGAUUAUAUGGGUUGUUUGUAAAAGUUGAUAAAAUUGAUAAAAUCGUUGAAAAUGUGAAGGUUCAUAAGAGUGAAGGAUCGACAAACGACGUUAAGAGAUUGAAAGGUGUUAUUGAAAAAUUACAAGAUAAAGUCUUGAGUUUACAAUCACAAUUGGCGAACAAGGAAACAGCCAAGUUUUUGGAAUGGUAUGAAGAUGAGAUAAACCAUUUGAAUUUGUCAAUUGAAAAGUUAUCCCUAAAGGAAACAGAUUAUCUUUUGAAAAUCAGCGAUCUAAUAGAAUCACUAGAUGAUUUAAAGUGUAAGUAUAACGAAUGCAUUGUUACAUUGAAAGAGUUGGAAACUGAAGUUGACACUUCAAGGAAAUUGGAUAAAAAAAGAAUAGGAGAACUAUUGAAUGAUGCACAUAUUGAUGAGACAAAUUUGAAAGAUUUAGCUACGAGAUUAUACAAUUCCUUAACUUCCACUACAGAUCAAUAUGAAUCACUUCUGGCAGAAAAUGAAGACUUAUUAGGCGAGAAUACAACUUUACAAGCACUUUUUGAGGAUUUAAAUAAGGAAAACAUUGCACUUUCGAAGACUGCGACCGAUUUAGAUAAAGAAUUGGAAAUUGUAAAGGAUUCCAAAGAGUUAGUAGAGUUUUUAACAAACGAAAAUAGUAAAUUGCAAAAUAUCUUAGAAAGGAAAUCUAGUAAAAUUAUUGAUAUGGAAAAAGAGAUAGAGUACCAAAACAAUAUUAUAUCAGUAUAUGCAGAGAUGGAACAAGAAUUACAUCUCGAGAUAGAGGAUUUGAAAAUUAAAUAUAGUAAGUCAGUCAAAAAUAAUGAGGAUCUCGUGAAUGAAAACGUUAAAUUAUCCUCUGAAUUAAAAAACCUCUUCAAUACUAAUGCUGAUAUAUCAGAUGUUCAUAAAAAUAAUAAUGGAUACACAGAAAAAGAGAUAAUUUAUAAGGAUAAAAUAAUUAAUAAAGGUAACUAUUUAGACAAGUUAUUAGAGUACCUAUUGUCUUCCAAAAACUACAGAAAGUUUAUUAAGUUAUUUCCUUUGCUUAUGCAGAUUGUUUAUGAUCAGUUCUUAAUUAAUCCAUUGGAAUUGUCAGAAAGUUAUUUUUUAUUUUACAAAACAUUAUUAUUUUUACUUAUUCAAGUAACAAUUGUUAUAGAUGGCUCAGAUGAACUUGAUAGUAGCCGUAAAAAAUAUUUUCUCUUAGAUGGAAUCCUAAAUAUACAAUAUUGGAUAAAUAUUUUAUACAAUAAUAGUGGUAACUUGAAAAUUGAAGACCAUUCCCUAUUAAUUUUAUUUAUAAAGGAGAAUGAUUCAAUAGAGUCAAACACAACUUUAUUGGUUGAUAUAAUAUAUUUUUUAUCUUCCGCAUCUGUACCAGAGUUUAUGGGUAGUAUAAUGUUUUCCAAGAACGAAUAUGGUACCCGUUCUCAGAAGGUGACUGACAUCUACCAAAUCUGUCUUACAAUUGAAAACCUUAUUACUGAAAAACGAAAUCUUUUAACAGAUGAUCAUCAAUACUCUCUAAAAUAUCAGGAUAAACCUUUGAUGAUAUCAGAUCUUGUUAAUAACAUAUUAAGCUUAUUCCAUGAUGUUAUAAUAAAUAAUGAUGUUGAUAACUUCUGUAAUAGUAUGUUAGAGAACUUGAUUAAGGUUUCUGAUAAGUUCAUGACUUUAGAGGUUAUUUCAAAAUCAAUAGUGGAUGGCGCAAUUUCUGACAAAGACGAUGCCACAUUAGAGUUGACAUUGCCUGUUAACUUAGUUGAACAGCCAAAUUUGAUUAAGUUGGAGACUCAAUUACAUGAUAUCCAACAGGAAAAUAAAAACUUAUUAGUUAAGUUGGAAGUUCUCAGAAAUAAACUUAUUCUAUUUGAAACCAAUGAGGAAAGUUUAAAGAAUUUAAUGUCACAAAUUGAAUCAUUAAAGGAAGAAAAGAACACUUUAAAGUUGAUGAAUGAAAAAUCAAAUAUUGAAAUAACUGAUUUACAAACUCGGUUAGAAGAAGAACAAUUAAACAAGUACUUCAAAAUUAAACUACCUGGAUUAGAUUCCCUCAUUAAAGAGAAUGAAAAAAUUGAUAGAGCAGGUUUAAUUUCAGAAAUUUACGAACUUGAACAUCUUGUUAAGAAAUUCACUACGCCUAUGGAAUUGAAAGACGAUUCUGUGCUAUCUUGGUUAGACAAUUUUGAAGAUUCAAUAAAUUCUAGGAAAGAUAUUUCCAAUUUUGAGCCUAAUUAUCAUAGAACAUUACUACGAAACGCUUCUACUCUGUUAGACUCUCUUGAUAGUAUUCCAUUGAGAGACAUAUAUAAUGAUAAUUCCAUUCACCAUUAUGAAAGUUACAUUUCAAGAUCUUCAAAAAACUUUAAUAUUCUUAAAAAUGCAUUAGAAAAACAAUUUGUAUAA